AUGAUAGCCGUCUCUUUUAAAUGCCGUUGCCAAAUUCUGAGGCGACUUACCAAAGAUGAGAGUCCCUACACUAAAUCCGCCAGCCAGACAAAGCCGCCUGAUGGAGCAUUGGCUGUGAGGAGACAGAGCAUCCCAGAGGAAUUCAAGGGCUCCACUGUGGUUGAACUGAUGAAGAAGGAAGGCACUACCCUUGGGCUGACGGUCUCGGGCGGAAUUGACAAGGAUGGCAAACCCAGAGUGUCUAAUCUGCGGCAAGGAGGAAUCGCUGCUAGAAGUGAUCAGCUGGAUGUGGGUGACUACAUCAAAGCAGUGAAUGGCAUCAACCUGGCCAAGUUCCGCCACGAUGAGAUCAUCAGCUUGCUGAAGAAUGUUGGGGAAAGAGUGGUUCUGGAGGUGGAGUAUGAGCUGCCGCCAGUCUCUGUUCAAGGAUCGAGUGUUAUUUUCCGAACGGUGGAAGUCACGUUACACAAAGAAGGAAAUACCUUCGGUUUUGUAAUACGAGGGGGAGCACAUGACGAUAGAAAUAAAUCGCGUCCAGUUGUGAUAACUUGUGUUCGUCCAGGAGGGCCUGCUGACAGAGAGGGCACAAUCAAGCCUGGGGAUAGGUUACUCAGUGUGGAUGGAAUUCGACUUCUUGGAACCACGCAUGCGGAGGCCAUGAGUAUUCUCAAACAGUGUGGGCAAGAAGCGACGCUGCUGAUCGAAUAUGAUGUCUCGGUCAUGGAUUCUGUGGCAACAGCAUCCGGACCACUACUAGUUGAAGUUGCCAAAACUCCAGGUGCCAGCCUUGGGGUGGCCCUAACUACCUCGAUGUGCUGUAACAAACAGGUUAUUGUCAUAGACAAAAUCAAAUCUGCAAGUAUUGCUGACAGGUGUGGUGCUCUGCACGUGGGUGAUCACAUCCUGUCCAUAGACGGCACCAGCAUGGAGUACUGCACGCUCGCAGAAGCAACCCAAUUCCUGGCCAACACCACCGACCAGGUCAAGCUUGAGAUUCUUCCGCAUCAUCAGACCCGCCUGGCCCUGAAGGGACCUGACCACGUGAAAAUUCAGAGGAGCGACAGGCAACUUCCCUGGGACUCCUGGGCCAGCAACCACUGCAACCUUCACACCUACCAUCACUGUAAUUCAUACCACGCUGACCAUUGCAGAGCAGCGGCCCCGACAUUCAUGAAAGCGCCUCCUCCAAACAGCCCUCCGGCUUUGGUGUCUUCAUCCUUCUCUCCUACCUCCAUGAGUGCAUACAGCCUGAGUUCCCUGAACAUGGGGACUUUGCCUCGAAGCCUCUACUCCACUAGCCCACGUGGAACCAUGAUGAGGAGGAGACUGAAGAAGAAAGACUUCAAAAGCUCACUGUCGUUAGCCUCCAGCACCGUGGGCUUGGCUGGGCAGGUUGUUCACACAGAAACCACAGAGGUUGUGCUGACCGCGGAUCCUGUCACAGGAUUUGGGAUUCAACUGCAGGGCAGUGUGUUUGCCACAGAGACCCUCUCCUCUCCACCUCUGAUUUCCUAUAUUGAAGCUGACAGCCCAGCCGAGAGAUGUGGGGUGCUUCAGAUUGGAGACAGAGUACUGGCCAUUAAUGGAAUUCCAACUGAAGACAGCACGUUUGAGGAAGCCAAUCAGCUCCUCCGAGACUCUUCAAUCACAAGCAAGGUCACGCUGGAAAUCGAGUUUGAUGUUGCAGAGUCUGUCAUCCCCAGUAGUGGAACAUUUCACGUAAAGCUCCCUAAGAAACACAAUGUGGAACUUGGAAUAACCAUAAGUUCACCAUCCAGUAGAAAACCAGGAGACCCCCUGGUUAUAUCAGAUAUCAAGAAAGGCAGUGUGGCACACAGAACGGGAACCUUGGAACUUGGGGAUAAGUUACUAGCCAUAGAUAACAUCCGGCUGGACAACUGUUCCAUGGAAGAUGCAGUUCAGAUCCUCCAGCAGUGUGAAGACCUGGUGAAGCUCAAAAUCCGCAAAGAUGAAGAUAAUUCAGAUGAACAAGAAAGUUCCGGAGCAAUUAUUUACACUGUGGAGCUGAAGCGCUAUGGGGGGCCUCUUGGCAUCACAAUUUCAGGAACUGAAGAGCCGUUUGAUCCUAUAAUCAUUUCAAGCCUCACUAAAGGGGGAUUAGCUGAAAGAACUGGUGCGAUCCACAUAGGAGACCGAAUCCUGGCCAUCAACAGCAGCAGCUUAAAAGGGAAGCCUCUGAGUGAAGCCAUCCAUUUGUUACAGAUGGCAGGAGAGACUGUCACCCUGAAAAUUAAGAAGCAGACAGAUGCAUCAAGUCCCAAGAAAUUUCCCGUUGCCAGCCACUUGAGUGAUCUGGGAGAUGUGGAGGACCCAUCUCCAGCACAGAAGCCAAGCAAACUCAGCGACACAUACCCCUCCACCGUGCCCAGUGUGGACAGUGCUGUGGACUCAUGGGAUGGCUCUGGAAUAGAAAGCAGCUAUGGGAAUCAAGGCACUGGCUUUCAGGCCUCAGGCUACAACUUCAACACCUAUGACUGGAGAAGUCCCAAACAAAGAGGCAGCCUGUCCCCAGUCACAAAGCCCCGAAGCCAGACUUACCCCGAUGUGGGACUAAGUAACGAAGAGUGGGACCGGUCCACCGUCAGUGGUUUCACAGGGCCUCCUGACAGUACUGAGGCUGAGCAAGAGGAGAACUUCUGGUCCCAAGCGCUGGAGGAUCUGGAAACCUGUGGACAGUCCGGGAUUCUGAGAGAACUCGAGGCAACGAUCAUGUCGGGGAGCACGAUGAGUUUGAAUCACGAGGCCCCUUCAUCUCGCAGUCAGCUGGGGCGACAGGCCAGCUUCCAGGAACGGAGCAGCUCCCGGCCACACUAUAGCCAGACCACUCGCAGCAACACUCUGCCCUCGGAUGUGGGCAGGAAAUCUGUCACCCUGAGAAAAAUGAAGCAGGAAAUAAAGGAGAUCAUGUCCCCAACUCCUGUGGAGCUGCACAAGGUGACCCUGUACAAGGGCUCUGACAUGGAGGACUUCGGAUUCAGUGUAGCAGAUGGCUUGCUGGAGAAAGGAGUGUAUGUCAAAAACAUUCGCCCAGCUGGGCCAGGAGAUCUUGGUGGCCUAAAGCCCUACGACAGGCUCUUACAGGUUAAUCACGUCCGAACAAGAGACUUUGACUGCUGCCUUGUUGUACCCCUCAUAGCAGAAUCUGGUAAUAAGCUGGACCUGGUUAUUAGUAGAAACCCCCUGGCUUCACAGAAGUCCUUAGAACACACUCUACCAGGAGGAGAAUGGAGUGAACAGAACAGUGCUUUUUUCCAACAGCCGAGCCACGGUGGUAAUUUGGAGAUACGAGAACCCACUAAUACACUAUAG